AUGAAUUUGCAGUUCAGCAAAGGUGAUAAAGCAAAUGGGAAAUUGAAUGGCAUCCGGGGUGGCCAGUCGACCACUUUUUUCAAUAGGCAUGACUGCUUGAACAAAUAUUUUUGUACUCCACAUGUCUGCCCUUUUCCUGACAUCAUCCAAACUGUUAAUGGAACUCGCGAGACAGGACUGCUUGAUGCCUUAGAUGAAGAAGUAUCACAAGAAUUUGGAGGUUUUGGUUCUCGACUAUAA